UUCCAACGCUAGUAGAAUCUUCUAUUCUCAGAGAAAGAUCUCUCUCGAAGUUCCGUAAAUUUCUCUCAGCCCCCCUCAAUCUCACUUAACGUUCCUUGCUGCAGAUAUCUUUGGAAGUCUAUCUAAUGGUGACUGUGCCAUGUGGAGGUAUAUGCAUGCCACAACUCGGAACCAGAUCGAGUGUAAUGCUUAGAUCAGCAACUCAACAAGUGGUGGCAUGUUGUUUUGCAGAUAACUCAAGGGUCUCUCAUUUUGGUACCUUAAACAGAGAAAAAGGUUUGACAUCCUCACACGCGAGCUUCUUUGCUCCAGUCUCUCCAUCUUACUUCUUUAAACAUGGACGAUCCCAAAACUCGUAUCGACAUAGGGGAUCUCAGCUUAUUAUUAGGGCUGAUGCUGAUUACUAUUCUAUCCUUGGUGUCUCAAGAAAUGCGAGCAAAUCUGAAAUAAAAAGUGCUUAUCGGAAGCUUGCCAGGAGUUAUCACCCAGAUGUGAACAAAGAACCCGGAGCAGAGCAGAAGUUCAAGGAUAUCAGCAAUGCCUACGAGGUCUUGUCAGAUGAUGAGAAGCGAUCUCUCUAUGACAAAUAUGGAGAGGCUGGGCUCAAGGGCUCCGGUAUGGGCACGGGGGACUUCAGCAACCCGUUUGAUAUCUUCGAGUCGUUAUUUGAAGGAAUGGGUGGCAUGGGCGGAAUGGGUGGGAUGGGUGGGAUGGGUGGAGGCAGGGCUUCUCGCAAUCGCCCCAUGCAGGGCGAGGACGAGAGCUACAGUCUCAUCCUAAAUUUUAAAGAUGCCGUCUUCGGUAUUGAGAAAGAGAUUGAGAUCACCCGUCUUGAGGUCUGCAAUACCUGUGACGGCUCUGGCGCCAAGCCUGGAACAAAACCUACAAAAUGCAGCACCUGCGGCGGCCAAGGCCAGGUUGUCUCAUCAGCGAGAACCCCGUUGGGCGUAUUCCAACAGGUCAUGACUUGCUCGACCUGUAACGGAACAGGAGAGAGUUUCACGGCGUGCAACACCUGUAAAGGUGACGGUCGAGUGAGGAAGACGAAGCGGAUUAGCUUGAAGGUCCCAGCUGGAGUGGAUUCCGGGAGCCGGCUUAGGGUUAGGUCGGAGGGGAACGCUGGGAGGAGAGGUGGCCCCCCUGGAGAUUUGUAUGUAUUUAUUGAAGUACUGUCAGAUCCGGUACUGAAAAGGGACGGAACAAACGUGCUCUACACGUGUAAAGUUUCGUAUAUUGACGCGAUACUGGGGACAGCGACAAAGGUGCCGACAGUUGAUGGGAUGGUGGAGCUGAAGAUUCCGGCUGGAACACAGCCAGGGACGACACUGGUAAUGGCGAAGAAAGGGGUGCCUUAUUUGGGGAAGCCUAACAUGAGAGGGGAUCAGCUGGUUAGGGUUCAGGUGGAGAUACCAAAGAGGUUGAGCAGUGAGGAGAGGAAGCUGAUCGAAGAGCUGGCCAGUCUCAGUAAGGCAAAGACUGCAAAUAGUACAAGAUAGUUUUUAAUGAUUUUUUUGAUGUACAACUACUUGGUAUUCUUUACCAUGUAAAUGGUGUAUUUUUAGUGUUAGUUGGAUCAGAUAUAGGAAUGCUAUGUUUGUUGGUGAGAGAGAGGGAGAACGAGAGAGCAAGUUUUGCCUAGAAUUUGAGCUUGGUGCAGAUUUGUGAACUGUGUGAACUUGCAUGUUGAGUAUAAAAGUAUAAUUUUUCAUUCUA